AUGAGGAGGCCGAUAUCGUCGUACGUAGAACUGUUUUACGACAAGAACGUGAUUUCGUGGAGCAAACGUUUGUUGGGCUUAUCCGGCCUGUGGCCAGAUAAUCGCAACGACGUUCGAUUCUUUCUCUACAUUACGUACGUCGUGAUCUUCACUUGGCUGGAGAUCGUGACACUGGUCCAGAAUAUACACGACCUUGAGAAGACAUUGAAAAAUAUCACGCUAUCGUUCCCAACCAUCUUGAUAGUGCUGAAGGCCGUGAUGUUCCGGAUGAAUAUGCAUCUCGUCCUACCGUUGCUGACGGUCGUCAAGAGGGACGUGAACGAGGGCCUGUAUCGUUCGGCGGAGGAAAGGCGGACGGUCGUCUGGUAUAACGUGGCCGCCACUUUAUUUUCCACCUCGUCGGCCUUGUCUUUAUUCUUCGUGCCCACGUUGUUUUACGCCAAGCCAAUCAUCGGCUGUCUUUUAUCGAAGUACAAUAAUUGUACCCUUCCUUUCGAAUUACCCAUGAAAGUGAAUAACGUUUACGAAAUAACGAAACUGCAAACGUACGCCUUGUUCUGCGUUUAUUUGAUACCAACGAGUACAUUGUUAACGAUCGGUGCAACCGGGGCGGAUAGUCUUCUGGUGACAUUAACGUUCCAUCUUUGCAGUCAACUUUCAAUUGUAGCAUAUCGCAUGAGAAACGUCAAUAUCGAACCGAAGAUGUAUUUUCCGAAAAUGAAGGCACUCGUUGAACGGCACACCGAACUUCUACGAUUGGCGAAUAUUUUAGCGAACACGUUUAGUUCUCUCAUGUUUGUACAAACAUUAGGAUUAAUAUUCUCACUGUGCAUCGUGGUCUAUCAAUUACUUAUGACAAGCGAAUCGGGAGAAGAUAUGAAUACGAUACAUUUUAUAAUCUACUCUUGUGCUGUUAUAUUGUUAGCAUUCUGCUAUUGUUUCUUGGGAGAGUGUCUCAUUAACGAGAGUAGCGAAGUGCAAAUGGCUUGUUACUUUACUAAUUGGUACGAUUUACCAGAGCAGUACACGCGGUCUUUAAUAUUUUGUAUCGCUCGAGCGCAGAAACCGUUAUACCUAACAGCUGGCAAGUUUUACGUAUUUUCUUUAGAAACUUUUGGCGUUAUAGUAAAAGCAUCAAUGGCCUACCUCUCCGUUCUAAAAAGUAUUAUCUAAACAAUUAAACACCAGGUUAGCAGGUUUAAUUUAUCAAAAUAAAAAAUAAAAAUAAAACCAAAAAAGUAUUUGUUCCAAUUAACUACGAGUAACGAUUAAAACCUUGCAACCAAAUCUUAGAAACUUAAAUAUUAAAUCUAAUAAUUACUUUAAACGUAUCAAUCUUUCGUCGUACGAUAAAAAAUUAAAAAUCUUCCCCCUUUAAUCCUCGCCCUUAAUCUCUCUACUUUUUUUACACUUAUAAAAUUUUCUUUUUCUCCCCUCCUUUCGUACACAUGCCAUUACCGCUUUAUUUCACGCCACGAUAAAUGAUGCACGAUUGACGAUGAUUAACCGAGGGAUAUAAGGUGUCGGGCCGGGAAAAGAAGAAACGUCAACGUCGACAAGGUGGAGUGGCUACAGAAUCCGAAAUGUCGAAAUCAAUAUUCUUCCCGUUGGAAGGCCCACUUCCACGAACUUCCUCGUGGCCGGGCAACAUCGCGCCGAUAUAUCAGCUUCUCGGAAUGUGUCAUUCCACCUAAUCGUCGCCGAGCAGCGGCUCGUGUUUGGCUGAAGGAAUUAAAAGAAAAAUUUAUUUCGGUUUAUUCAAGAAAGAUACAGAAUGUACAACUGCCGAGGGAGGAUACAAAUUAUGCAUAUAACUCGUGCUUCACGGUAAAUAAUCGUCCCUAUUGCCAGGUCGAAGCACAUGGACCCUGCCGUCGUGCGUUAUCUCUUUACAACGACCUCGAUCCUACGAAUGGAGUAACAGCUAACGUGCAUACGGCCUUCACGAUACACCGAUCCCCUUUUUUUCUCGCGCCACACGGCCCACGGUUGCAGCGCGUGUGUACACUUUCAGUGGCAGGAACUUUCAGUAACAGUGGUGCAUCCUCCCGUGCUCAUCUUUCCAAAAG